GUCAAGAGCACGUGGACUAUUUCGAAAACAGUCGAUCGCCGGCCUGAAUCGCGAUGUGACAUACCCACUAUUAACAUAAAAAAUAUACAAAAAUACAAAUAAUAUUAUUUUGGAAACGGAACAAUUUCUAGUGUUCUCAAUUCGAAGGCGCGUGAGUUCGCACGUGCGGAUAAAAUUAAACAGCUUCGCGCGGAAAUAGUUUUCACGCAGAACCACUGUGUCCGGACAAAAGACAGUUUGUGAGGAAAUUCUUGUUGAUUUUAAAACAAUCGUUUAUAUUAUAAUCUGAGUAAAUUGUGCUGGAUAUCACGGGAUACAAGGAGCUUCGAGUAACCGAGCUUCCCAGGAGAUACGGAGGGAGCAAGGGGUGCGCGCGCGGCGGCGGGUGCGGGCGCAGCUUGUUGGGGCGACCGGCGCGCGCGCAACAUGUUCUCGAGCAUCAAGGGCUUUUGGAAGGUGUGCCGCUAUGGCGACCUUUACAUGGUGCUGGCGGCAUUGGCCGCGCAGUCUAUCAACAUAUCGGUGGGGUUCUGCCAAGGCUUCUCAGCGGUCCUGCUGCCCCAGUACACACAUGAACACCCAUUGAUCUCGUAUGAACAGAGUUCAUGGAUCGCGAGUUUGGGUGUGAUAUCAAACCCUAUCGGAGCCCUGCUGGGCGGCAUGAUGGUGGACGCAGUCGGCAGAAGGCUGCUGCUGCAGUCCAUCGUCCUACCCAACCUGGUGGGCUGGCUCAUCAUCGCCUUCUCAGAAACCUACAUCUUUCUAUGUAUAGGAAGGUUCAUCACUGGAUUUACUAUUGGUAUGUCAACGGUUUCCUACAUAUACGUGGCGGAGAUUACUACUCCCGAGAAGCGAGGAGUACUCAGCGCCCUGGGACCCGGCCUGGUGUCCACCGGGAUAUUCAUCGUCUACUCCCUCGGAGCUUUCAUACAUUGGAGGAAGGUAGCAGCCAUUUGCGCGGGAGUAUCCCUUCUGACUCCCUUCCUUAUGUACUUUGUCCCGGAGUCACCCCUGUGGCUCGCAUCUAAAGGGCAGAUGAAGGAGGCCUACAAUGCGAUGUUCUGGCUCCGACAGAACAACAGCACAGCACAACAAGAGCUCAUGGAGUUUACCAAAGAUAGAAAAAUAGGAGAAACCAUGACCUUCGUACAGAAACUCAGCUUGUUCAAGAGGAGAAGCGUCGUCAAGCCGUUCCUUUUGCUCAUCAUCUUCUUUAUAUUCCAAGAAAUGUCUGGUAUCUACGUGAUACUGUACUACGCUGUAGACUUCUUCAAGUCUGUGGGGACCAGUGUGAACGAGUUCACGGCAUCUAUCAUUGUUGGUGGCGUGCGAGUAUUCAUGGGUGCAGUAGGAGCAUGCUUGAUCAACAGCUUUAGGAGAAAAACCCUAGCUGCGACCUCAGGUUUAUUGCUAGGCAUAGCAAUGCUUGGGGCGGCAGUAUGCGACAGUGUGAACGGACCUCCCCUCGUAAAACUCGCUUGUGUAUUACUACAUGUGUCAUUCAGCAUGGUCGGGUUCUUACAACUUCCGUGGAUAAUGUCCGGGGAACUGUACCCUCAUGAUAUAAGAGGGGUCAUGUCGGGAGCCACCUCUUGCUGUGCAUACAUUCUCAUCUUCUUUAAUAUUAAGACAUACCCUCAGUUAGAAAACUUGUUAACUAGUAACGGUACACUGUACCUCUUCGGUGGCUGUGCGCUCCUGGGAGCGGCCUAUUGUUACUUUUUCCUUCCCGAGACUAAAGGAAAAACUUUGACUGAAAUUAUGAAGCAAUUUGAUGAUGACAAGAAAGAAAUAGAUCCAGAAGUUGGUUUCACGAAAGAGAAGCCACCCACAAUGGAAGGCAAGCCCGUGCAGAGGCGACACAGUGCCGGAGCAACGGUUUCUUUAGAAAAGAAUUGGACGCUGGACGAAUGCAAGAAGACUACAGACCACCGCGAAUGAUCUUCGCCGUCUUAUGCUAGCCUAGUACUUUUAGAUAUAAAUGAAUAAGUUACCAAUGAAUUUGUAUAGUUAACUAUUUUUAAUAUUGUAUUGUUUGUGAAGUUUUGUGAUCAGUAUUAAUUAGGAUGAUUUUUAACGUUUUGAUGAUGUUACAUUCCACUAGUGAUAAAUAAUUUUAAUACAAGGUGACGACAUAGGUAUAUCGAGUUUUGCCUAGUUCUAAGUACAAAUAUUGGUGUAACAAAAUCGAGGCACUGAAGUGAUUUAUAAAGUAACUAUUUUUAUACCUUACAGUUAGGUAGAUGAGUAUUUUUAUACGAUAAGCAUUACUAUUUAUUCCUGAUAGAAGAACUAGACGUAUCUAUUAACACUAAAGAGAAUGAACUGCAUACAGGGUGAAUGAAUGUUUUUAUUAUAAAAAUGGGUGGACUUACAUAAUAUAAAUGAAAGAUAAAUGCUGUGAUGAAGUGUGAAUAAAGGAGUGAAUUGUUUAUAA